AAAAUAUUAAAUAUUUGUAGAAAAAAAUAACUGGCUUUAAAGAGGAUAAAGAAAUAUGACAAUGGAAUCCUAUGAAGAAGAUGAUCUUUUUAGAGAUCUUUAUGGGGAUGAUGAAGCAGAAGUAAGUCUGUCAAAGCUGAAAAAAGAUGGUAAAAUAGAGGAAAAACCUAAAAAUAAGGAUCUUGAAGAGAUUAAGAAAGAAUUUGAUAGUGAAAUAUCGAAAGUUGGAUUGAAAUCGGAUGAUUUAUCAUGUAAUAUAGAAGAAGAAGGUUCAGGAUCAUUAUUUGAGGAUGAAAAGGAUAUUUCAAGGUCGUUUUCAGUUAAAAAUGAAGAUAUUCCAAAGAGGGAUGAGGAGAGGGUUGAUUUAAAGGAAGAAGAAGAAGUUUUGUGUAUAGAAAAUGAAGAUAUAUCUAAGUCUGUAGAGCAGACGGUUUCAGAAGUUACGGGGUCAACUAUUAGAGAGGAUGGGAAAAUGUUUAUCGGGGGUUUGAAUUGGGAAACCACUGAUGAAUCUCUUCGAGCAUAUUUUGAACAGUUUGGAGAAGUUACUGAAUGUAGUGUUAUGAGAGAUAGUUCUACAUUUCGAUCUAGAGGAUUUGGUUUUUUGACAUUUAAAGAUCCUAAAUGUGUAAAUACAGUUAUGGUAAAAGAGCAUUAUCUUGAUGGAAAAAUUAUUGAUCCUAAACGUGCUAUUCCUCGAGAAGAGCAAGAGAAAACAGCUAAAAUGUUUGUUGGUGGUGUUUCACAAGAUUGUACAGAGGAGGAAUUUAAGGAAUUUUUUAGUGCUUUUGGGAGGGUAAUUGAUGCUACAUUAAUGAUAGAUAAAGAUACAGGAAGACCGCGUGGAUUCGGGUUUGUAACAUUUGAAUCAGAGGCGGCUGUAGAAAAUGCUAUGGCACAGCCUUAUCUUGUAAUUCAUGACAAACAGGUUGAAGUAAAGCGUGCUACUCCUAAGGGAAACCUUAAAGAACGUACGAAUAUGACAAAAGAAAAGGAUAUGAAUGGAUAUGAUUAUCAAAGAAACUAUUUCGGUAAAGAUAAUUCUGGAUUUAACUUUCCAAUGGAUUUUCAAAGUAUGCAACAAUUUUAUGGUGGAAUGUCUCCUGCUAUUGUUGCGCAAUAUUAUCAGAGAAUGCAAGCAUAUAUUGCAGCAAUGCAAAAUAUGGGACGUGGCAUGCAAAUUCCAGGUGGUAUGGGUAGAGGCAUGAUGCCUGGGAUACCAGGAUUUCCAAUGGGCAUGAAUAUGGGUCCAAUGAAUCCUAUGAUGAUGAAUCAAAUGAAUAAUAUGAUGAGUAAUAUGGUAAAUUUUAAUAAUACAAAUCUUCCUUCACAAUCUACGCCUCAAAUAACGGUGCCAACAUCAAAUCAAGAAAUAUAUCAAGUAUCGGACGAUGGUAAUAUAAAUACUAAAAAAGAUAUCCAAGAAAAAGAUAUCGUUCAAAAAACAGAUAUAAAAACAUCUACUACAAAUACAACAGUGACACCGUCAAUUCAACCCUCACGGCCAACACCCCCUCCUAAUGCGCCUACUGGACCAUCUAAGUCAGCCUCUUCUUCACGCAAUCAUAGAACGGGUUAUUCUCGCAAUGGAAGGGGACAUAGCUUUCAUCCUUAUCAAAGAAGAAACCAAUAA